UUUUAUUUUUCCAUUGGCAUUACUGAUACAACAGUAAAUAUUAUUACUUUAUUAUUUCGUAAAAAAUUUAUUAGAAUAAAUUGUGUUCACUACGUAAAAUAUUGACAAAUGUCAAUGUGAUUUAUUUAUUAUCUAUAUAUUUUAAUUGAUAGAGAAUGGGUCGAAGUCGUUCACCAUCUCCUAGUCGACGAAGGGAUCGUGAACGUUCCCGAGAAAGAGAACGUGAGAGAGAUCGACGAAGAAGACGAUCUCGUGAAAGACGAAGAUCAGUAGAUCGGGACAUAGUUAAAUCAAGGGACAGAGAUAGAGAACGAAAUCGUGAAAGAUAUAGAAAAUCUUAUAGUAGAUCCCGCUCGAGGGAACGUGUUAAACCAAAAUCUAAACCAGAUGAACGUCCUAUAAUUACAGAAGCCGAUUUACAAGGUAAAACUCCUGAGGAACAGGAUAUGAUGCGUUUAAUGGGAUUUUGUGGCUUUGAUACAACAAAAGGAAAAAAAGUAGAAGGAAAUGAUCUUGGGGCAGUUCACGUUAUUUUAAAACGUAAGUACAGACAGUACAUGAACAGAAAAGGCGGAUUCAAUAGACCACUUGAUUUUGUAGCUUAAAAUUAAAGAACUUUCGUCUUCUAAUGGAUUUAAAAAAUAAAAUUUAUAAUUUUAAUAAAUCGUUUUCAUCUGAA